GUGCCACGUCAGACUCAGUGCCACAUCAGCAGUGCCAGGUCACAGUGCCACGUCAGACUCAGUGCCACAUCAGCAGUGCCACGUCAGAAACAGUGCCACGGAAGCAAUGCCACAUCAGCAGUGCCACGUCAGACACAGUGCCACAUCAGACACAGUGCCACAUCAGACAAAGUGCCACGUCAGCAGUGCCACGUCAGCAACAUGACGGGCCUGCCAGGCCAACUGGCCAAUGAGCCCAUUGCCGACUACAAAAAGCGCGUCCAUGCUCAGCUCGCUGCAAUCGAGGCUGAGGAACAACGCCAGCUGGCAGCCAAGGCUGCCCAGCUACAGGCUGAUGAAGCGGCAACAGCAGAGAAGCUGCGGCUUCAAGCCGAAGCAGACGCAGAUGCCCAGGCUCGCCGCAAGGAAGCCCAGGCUCUGCUGCAGCGGCAUGAAGCCAACAACAUCGAGAAACUCAAGUACUCGCAUUUUGAACCGAACAGCGAUGAGCCAACACCGGAAGAGCAUCAUAAGGAGUUCAUGGCAAAGCUCGUGAGCAGGUUGGUUUACACAUGUAACCACCUAGGGUCCGAGCUGGAAAACCUUCAGCAGGCCGUGCGGAACCAUAAGAUUCAGCACGAGGAUGCCACACGGGCACUGGACGCCCGUGUACUGGGCCUGGAACAGGCUGUACUAGGACCAGAUGCUGGAGCUUCCAGCAGUGCAUCCUCUAGCCGCCAACUGGAGGAAUGCAUUGACCACGUAGUGGCAAUGCUAGGAGACAUAAGUGCCUUAACAGAGCCGGCCACCAUCAGCCAGCGGUUCGAGUUGCUGGACACUAAGAUCAGUAAGCAACAGCAGACUGACCACAGCCACAACAACAGCUCGGCGAGGCCAUACAAGAUGCCGACGUUCCGGAUCGAGAAAUUUGAUGACUACACACAUCAAGACCCGGUCGUCUGGUGGCAAGGAUUUACAACGGAGUUGGGGAUUCACGAAGGCCCUGACCAUCUGUUCAUCAGUGCUCUAUUCAUCAACACCAAGGGAGGUUGUCAGAUCUGGCUCAACCACAUGGCAACCAUCCACGGCGUCCAGAUUUCAGACCUGUACAAGAAGGUCUCCUGGGAGGACAUGACAAAGGAAUGGAAUAAGCGGUUCAUCGUCGACGACGCCCCGACACUCACCGUCAACCGCAUCUUCACGAUGGCUCAAGGGAGCACACCGACACGUGACUGGCUCACGGAUUGGCAAAAAAUCGUGGCGACGCCCGAUUUGGACUUGUCAUUUUCGCAUCUGCGGCGUGAGUUCUACAACAGGUCAUGCGCCGCUCUCAGCCUCACACUUGGUGAUCGCGAGCAGUACAACACUUUCGCAGAGAUCAUCAACAAGGCGAGAGAGCUCAUCAAGACUAACAGGCCGGCUGCACACGAGGAGUCCAUGUGGCAGCCAACCUAUCUGGAGAAGAUUAGGUGGGCGCAGAAGGCGGGAAAGAUGGGCGGGAAGGAGAGGCAAGAUGGGUGUGGAGGGUAGGGAAGUUGGCCGCAGAGGGGGGGGAAUUUCACAGCACAUUGGUUCUUGGAAGUCCCAUCCUGUUACAUGCCCAGAUGGGCGAUGUACACAAUAACCGAGGAUCCGCAAUGUGAUAAAAAAGGACUGAAUGGACAAUGCAAUGCAAGUGGAAUCUCAACAAGCAAUGUGCAUUUCAAUACACAUAGAAUGGUGCUUGAUAGCGCAGGGAAGACUUAGGUACAAAUCCUGACCUGACCGGGACUGACCUCUAUCACGUAGUGCAAGAUAGCGCAGCAAAAUGCUAGAAUACUAAUGACUAGCCCAAUCAAUGUUGCAAAGCAGA